CAUAAAUCCCCCUUCCCCAACUCCUCACUUAAGGGCCACUCUGUUUGCCUCUCAUAUUCUCAUUCAGGCACAUCACAAACACCUUUCCAUUUCUUUUUAGACUAACAACAUGGCCAGACCACAACAGCGAUAUCGAGGCGUUCGCCAAAGGCAUUGGGGCUCUUGGGUCUCCGAGAUUCGUCACCCUUUACUGAAGACUAGGAUUUGGCUAGGAACAUUUGAAACUGCUGAAGACGCGGCACGAGCCUAUGAUGAAGCAGCAAGGCUAAUGUGUGGUGCAAGAGCUAGGACCAACUUCCCUUACAACCCAAAUGCACCUCAGUCAUCAUCCUCAAAGCUUCUCUCAGCUACUCUGACAGCUAAACUGCAUAGGUGCUACAUGGCUUCACUUCAAAUGACCAAACCAUCACUUCAAGAGCCUCAAAAAGCGCCAUUGUUGCGUGCUAACACAACCAGUGGCAUUACUGGGAAGAACAUUAAUGAAAUGGGUACCCAGUUUCCGGAUAAGACAUUGACGCUAGAUCAAGAAACUGAGGCCAAUUGGGUUGUCAAGAAAGUUCAAGUGGAAAGCACCCAGCAGUUCAAGCCUCUUGAAGAUGAUCACAUAGAGCAGAUGAUUCAGGAGUUGGUUCAUUAUGGGUCUAUUGAGCUUCGCUCUGUUGUGCCACCUCAGGCUCUGUAACUUGGGCUCAACACAUUUCCAUCUCCUCCUCAGCCUGUACUUCUAUUCUGCCAAUGCCACUAAUUGUAACCCAUUCUUCUCAGCCCUUUUAGACCCUCUUUUAAUGUUUUAGAUCCUCUCUAGGUCCUAGAACUAGCUUCUAAGUGACCCAAUUGAAGAUGCUACUGCUAUGUGUACAGUCAUUUCCGUUAUAAUGUAUGACAUUAGUCUAUGCAUAAUGCAUGGUGUCUUUGUUCUAA